UCUCUAUUUAUUUUUUCAGGUUAUCCUGAACACCAGAUGUCUAACAAUUUUCCUUGCAACGUUAGCCAUUGUUUUUCACUGCCUCCAAAAGAUCAAAAUUGCUCCAGAUAAUUGGAGAGAGAUUUGAUUUAAAAGAAAAAACUUGAACAAAUGGACAAUAUGUCUAUUACAAAUACACCAACAAGUAAUGAUGCCUGCCUGAGCAUUGUACAUAGUUUGAUGUGCCAUAGACAAGGUGGAGAAAGUGAAACAUUUGCAAAAAGAGCAAUUGAAAGUUUGGUAAAGAAGCUGAAGGAGAAGAAAGAUGAGUUGGAUUCUUUAAUAACAGCUAUAACUACAAAUGGAGCUCAUCCUAGUAAAUGUGUUACAAUACAGAGAACAUUGGAUGGAAGACUUCAGGUGGCUGGUCGGAAAGGAUUUCCUCAUGUAAUCUAUGCCCGUCUGUGGAGGUGGCCUGAUCUUCACAAAAAUGAAUUAAAGCAUGUUAAAUAUUGUCAGUAUGCAUUUGACUUAAAAUGUGAUAGUGUUUGUGUGAAUCCAUAUCACUAUGAACGAGUUGUAUCACCUGGAAUUGAUCUCUCAGGAUUAACACUGCAGAGUAAUGCUCCACCAAGUAUGUUGGUGAAGGAUGAAUAUGUUCAUGACUUUGAGGGACAGCCAUCAUUAUCCACAGAAGGACAUUCAAUUCAAACCAUCCAGCAUCCACCAAGUAAUCGUGCUUCGACGGAGACAUACAGUACCCCAGCUCUUUUAGCCCCAUCUGAGUCAAAUGCUACCAGCACCACCAACUUUCCCAACAUUCCUGUGGCUUCCACAAGUCAGCCUGCCAGUAUUCUGGCAGGUAGUCAUAGUGAAGGACUGUUGCAAAUAGCUUCAGGGCCUCAGCCAGGACAGCAGCAGAAUGGAUUUACUGGUCAGCCAGCUACUUACCAUCAUAACAGCACUACCACCUGGACUGGAAGUAGGACUGCUCCAUACACACCUAAUUUGCCUCACCACCAAAACGGCCAUCUUCAGCACCACCCGCCUAUGCCGCCCCAUCCCGGACAUUACUGGCCAGUUCACAAUGAACUUGCAUUCCAGCCUCCCAUUUCCAAUCAUCCUGCUCCUGAGUAUUGGUGUUCCAUUGCUUACUUUGAGAUGGACGUUCAGGUAGGAGAGACAUUUAAAGUUCCUUCAAGCUGCCCUAUUGUAACUGUUGAUGGAUAUGUGGAUCCUUCUGGAGGAGAUCGCUUUUGCUUGGGUCAACUCUCCAAUGUCCACAGGACAGAAGCCAUUGAAAGAGCGAGGUUGCACAUAGGCAAAGGUGUGCAGUUGGAAUGUAAAGGUGAAGGUGACGUUUGGGUCAGGUGCCUUAGUGACCAUGCAGUCUUUGUACAGAGUUACUACUUAGACAGAGAAGCUGGACGUGCACCUGGAGAUGCUGUUCAUAAGAUCUACCCAAGUGCGUAUAUAAAGGUCUUUGAUUUGCGUCAGUGUCAUCGACAGAUGCAGCAGCAGGCGGCCACUGCACAAGCUGCAGCAGCUGCCCAGGCAGCAGCCGUGGCAGGAAACAUCCCUGGUCCAGGAUCAGUAGGUGGCAUAGCUCCAGCUAUCAGUCUCUCAGCUGCUGCUGGCAUUGGUGUUGAUGAUCUUCGUCGCUUAUGCAUACUCAGGAUGAGCUUUGUGAAAGGCUGGGGACCGGAUUAUCCAAGACAGAGUAUCAAAGAAACGCCUUGCUGGAUUGAGAUCCACUUACACCGGGCCCUCCAGCUCCUAGAUGAAGUACUUCACACCAUGCCUAUUGCAGACCCACAGCCUUUAGACUGAGGUCUCUCACUGUGGGGGCCCUUAACAUUAUCAGGAUGGUGGACUAUAAGAUACAAUCCUGUUUGUAACCUGAAGAUCUAUUUCAUUUUUGUUCUGCUUUAUCUUUUCAUAAAGGGUUGAAAUGUGUUUGCUGCCUUGCUCCUAGCAGACAGAAACUGGAUUAAAACAAUUUUUUUCCUAUUUAGAACUUUUCAGGCAUGGGGCAGACUUUGAAGAUCAGGAAGAACUCAUUCUUACUAAGUCUUUAUCAGUUAUGUAUGAAGGAGUCAUUCCAGUGCUGGAAAAUUUAGCCCUUUAAAAUGUCUUGGAACCUUUUAUGUGCAGAACAUUGGUAUGUGUGUUAUUCUACAGAAUAAAUUCAAUAUUAUUGAUUUUAAAGACAGAGAAGUUCUCAAAGUUAAUUCACCUAUGUUAUUUUUUGUGCAAAUUGUUAUUGUUGAACAUACUUUACUCCAAAAUAUUGUGCCAUGCAGGUGAGUUAAUUUUACCAAGAGCAACUUUACUCUGUAUUUUAAAAAAUAAGAUAGUAAUGUAUUAUAACCUUUUAUCCAAAAUAUUUUUUUGCAAGUUAAACUAGUGAAGAUGAUUUUAAUUCAGAUUGUCUUGCAACUUCAGUUUUAUUUUUGCCAAGGCAAAACACUAAUCUGUGUGUAUAUUGAGAAUUCCUUAAAAUUACCAGACAAAGAAAUGUAACAGAUACUGAAUUUGUUAUCCCUAUUGGGUGACUGUUUAUCAAGAAGUACACUUUUGCCCUGUUAAACAGUAGUCAUAUUCUUCUGUAUAUCUAGGCACAAGGGUGGUUUCUAAGAAGCCUAGAAGAGGAAUUUCUUUUCUUUCCUUCAUUAAUUCAUAGGGAAAGGUUUUGUAUUUAAAAAAAAAAAACACUAAAAGCAGUGUCACUCUACCUAAUAUCUCACUGUUCUACAAUGGUGCAGUGCUUAGACUAAAUAAUGAGUGUGUUGGAAACUGCUAAAUUCUCUGUUAAAUACUGUGCAGAAUAAUGGAAACAUUGCAGUUCAUAAUAGGUAGUUUGGAUAUUUUUGUACUUGAUUUGAUGUGUGACUUUUUUUGGUAUACCGUUUAAAUCAUGUAUGUUAUGAUAUUGUUUAAAAUUCAGUUUUUGUAUCUUGGGGCAAGACUGCAAACUUUUUUAUAUCUUUUGGUUAUUCUAAGCCCUUUGCCAUCAUUGAUCAUAACAAUCGGCAGUGACUUUGUAUAGAGAAUUUAAGUAGAAAAGUUGCAGAUGUAUUGACUGUACCACAGACAUAAUAUGUAUGCUUUUUACCUAGUUAGUAGCAUAAAUAAAACUGAAUCUCAAGUUGAACUCUAGGUUUGAUUUUUAAAAUUUUGUUCUUUUGCACUUUGAGUCCAAUCUCAGUGGCAAGACACCUUCUACUAAGUGACAGGCAACAGCCAAUUGUAUUGGGCAGCUUUGGUUUUUCCUUCACACUCUACCAGGACUUUCCCAUGGAUGUUGUUAUCGUGUGUAGAGUAUUUUUUUGUUUUGUUUUGUUUGCUUUGUUUUAAACUUUUACUGUAGCACAAAAAAAAAAAAAAAGCCUGUUUGUCAAUAGAAAAUAGA